AUGUGCUAUUCAGACGAUACAUCGACUACAGUCUCGUCAGAUAUCACCUCAAGAGGAGAUUCAAGUGCAGGUGUGGAAACUACGACAGUUUCAUUAUUUAUCCCAAGUGAAGAUUCAAGUGCAGUCAGUGAUGAAAAUGUUACUUCAGCAAGAGUAUUGGGUAAUUCCAGCGAUUCAGAAACAGGUUUAGUUGUAGGCUUGGUAAUUGGUACUUUGUUACUAGUCUGUGUUGUUAUUGUGAUUGUUAUUCUCAUAAGAAGGCAUACAUUCAAGAGCAAUCCAAGAGAAAAAAUAAGAAACAAUCUCGGAGGAAAUGACUAUAUUGGAAGUCAAGAUAUAGCUUUACCACUAACCGCUAAUCAUUCCAGUCAUAUGCAGAAUGAUGGCAUGUAUGAACAAAGCAGAAAUACUUUUGUUCAUGAUUAUGACAACAUACAUCCUAAUGCUCAGAUCAACAAUAUUAAGCAUGAAUACACCAACUUAGGUGCAGUCAACGGUUUUGUUAAUAAAGAAAAAGUUCAGAUACCUACAUAUGCAGACCGUCAAGAUAAAACAUUUACAGACAAUCACAUGUCAAAUGACGAUGAAUAUGCUAUCGUUGACCCUACAGCUGAAAAGAGUUUUAAGGAGUCUAUAUACAACAGGACUGGAAAUGCAGACAGUUACAUGGUAUUAGAUCCAACCGAAACGGGUUUCAAUAGACAAAUAUUUUCUAACAAUCCUACAGAUUAUGAGUUUGCAAAGCCUGUUAAGGCUACAGAGAACCAAAUUUGCGAUGAGGAUCAGUAUGAUAUAUCUGAAGGAGUCUACGACCAUUCGGGAAGUAAUCGUCACAAGGAAUCAGAGGAUAACAUUUAUAAUCAUGCCGUCGAUACUAUUUAUGACUCCGGAAGUCACAAAAAGAAUGACAAUGGAGGGAAGACACAUAUGAUCAUUUCUUUGGACAAAAAACAGAAGAUGAUUAUGAUGUCUCAACAACGACAUAAAGUCAUGUAAAUUACAAGUUGCAUAUACAUUUUAUUUCAUAUUUAUUCGGAUAGAAAUUUCAUUUUAAUCAAAACUUAUACCAAAUGCAUCGUUCAUAUACAGCGAUACAGAGAUUUUAAUAAUUUUAAUGGUAAUAAUAAAAAAAACAACAGACUAAAUACGUAAUUAAACUGUUCAUACUAUAAGAAUAAGGAGAUAUGCUACGAUUGCGAAUAAGACAAAUAUCUACCAGAGACCAAAUGGCGAGAAUGUCAACAGCUGAUAGUCUACAUAUGUGUAAACGUCAACAUCUUUGCAAUAAUAAAAUCAUAGCCACUGUAUUUUGGCAAUCAUUCUAAAGUAUCAUAGAAAGCAUGGUGGAAAAAAAUAAAAUUAUAUUCUCAUGCACAUGAAACAGAUAAAUAUACACAUUUGUCAAUUUCGUUGAAACGUUCAUCUAUAAUUAUCUCCCUGAUUUAUAUUUAGCACAACGUGUGUUUCUUUUAAAUCCUUAAUAAAAAGUAAUGUUUAAUUAAACUUUUAAAAUUGAUGAUGUUUUUUUUCGUUAAUUGAGUACAACUACUAAUGUUCGUUGUUUACUUUAACUUAACAUUUUCUUAUUAUUUAUUUUUUUUUUCUUUCUCUAUUAUAUAUAUUGUUAUAUUGAGUUGAUUAAAAGCCGUGUUUAAACUUG